AGAUGGGAUUUUGGUGUUAAGAUGUCAGUGGAUGCUGCAGCUCAUAAUUUCUUCGUUGUUUUAUAGGCAGGCAUAUGUUUUUCCAAAGUUAGCUUCUUGAGAGGGAGGUGCAAGAUGAAAUCUCGACCUUUUUUCGUUUUUUUUCUCUAGGCAGAAAUAUGAAACCUCGUUCAUUUCUGCCAUGUUUGUUCCCGAGCUCCCAGUUCUUAACGUCUACAUUUAGCUUUUUUAACCAAAAUUAUUUUGACACUUUUCACAGGAAACUUGUCUUUUUGUGAAUUAUCCACAUAUAUUCUAACACGUUGAAACAUUUUAGAUUUGUUACUCAAAUACUCCACGAUUGUUUUAUCAUGCGAAUAUGACAGGAUGAUAUCGGAGAGUAAAAUCUCUGAACAAAUUAUUUUCUACGUUUUCAAAGGAUAAUAAAGUGCUGCAACUUUUGGUAUGGUAUAUUCGCCUUCAAAACUGAGCCUUGGAAACUGAGAGCUUCGGUUUUCUAUGGCGCAGCCUUGACCGUCUUUUUUGUCGGUUAUGCAUCUCUGCCUAGAUAAGUAAUUUCAAGACUUUGUGGAUGUGAGACAGCAUUGACUGUUCCAUUGCGGUUUUGGAGUAUUUUGCGUUUUUGGCGGGGGAAAGAUGGCGAGGUUUUGGAGAAAAGUGUCUCUUGCCCUACUUUUCCUUGGAUUUUUAAUGUUUACUUUAGCAUCUGUAAAUGCUGAACCAGAGCAAGAAGUAGAAGAAGAAGGGGAGGAAAGUACAUGUCAGGGGGCUUUUGACUUGUAUUUUGUGCUUGACAAAUCUGGCAGUGUCAAACACCACUGGAUAGAAAUCUACUCCUUUGUGGAGCAUCUAGCUGAAAAGUUCAUCAGCCCAAUGUUGAGAAUGUCCUUCAUUGUCUUCUCAUCCAGAGGAACCACUCUCAUGAAACUGACAGAAAACAGGGUGGAGAUAAGAAAAGGAUUGAAUGUGCUGAGAAAAGAGAUACCUGGUGGAGACACCUUUAUGCACCUGGGUUUGGAAAGGGCAAAUGAGCAGAUACACCAUGAAAACUUUGGGACAGCAAGUGUUAUCAUUGCCUUGACUGAUGGGGAGCUGAACGAACACCAACUGGUCACUGCACAACAGGAGGCAGAGAGAAGCCGGUCUCUAGGAGCUAUGGUGUACUGUGUUGGAGUAAAGGACUUUAACGAGACACAGCUGGCCACCAUAGCAGACACCAUUGAGCAUGUGUUUCCUGUGAUGGGCGGAUUCGUAGCCCUGCGAGGAGUGAUCGACUCGAUCAUCAAGAAGUCCUGUAUUGAGAUCCUUGCUGCAGAGCCCUCCAGUGUUUGUGCAGGAGAGAGCUUCCAGGUAGUGGUGAGAGGAAACGGUUUCCUUCACGCCAGGAACAUAGAGCAGGUGUUGUGCAGCUUUAGACUCAACGACACCCUCACCAUUAAUAAGAAGCCUGUGGAAAUCGAAGACACGUUCCUGCUGUGUACGGCUCCGGUUAUAGAUGAAGUUGGGCAGGUUGUUUAUCUACAAGUGAGCAUGAAUGAAGGCCUGUCGUUCAUCACUAGCUCUGUACACAUCACCACCACAGAGUGUUUUGAUGGCACCAUCCUUCUCAUCACCCUCCUGGUUCUGUUCCUGUUAAUGGCCGUGCUGUUCAUGUGGUGGUUCUGGCCCCUCUGCUGCACUGUGGUGAUCAAGGAGCCUCCUCCGCCACCCCCUCCAGAGCCAGAAUCAGAUGAUGAAGACGGCAUGCCCAAGAAGAAGUGGCCCACCGUGGAUGCAUCCUACUAUGGAGGAAGAGGAGUCGGAGGAAUCAAAAGAAUGGAGGUGCGCUGGGGAGGGAAGGGUUCAACGGAGGAGGGGGCUAAACUGGAGAUGCCCAAGAACGCUGUGGUGAAAAUGCCCGAGCAGGAGUUUGAGCCUUACGAGCCCAAGCCCAAGAAGGCCCACAACAGGAAGCCAGCCGCGGAUAGGAAGUGGUAUACUCCCAUACAGGGUAAACUGGACGCCAUUUGGGCCCUGUUUCGCCGCGGUUACGACCAGGUCUCUCUCAUGAGGCCUCAGCCAGGAGAACAUGGUCGAUGCAUCAACUUCACCCGGGUGAAAGAUGAGGCAGCGGCCGCAGCCAAGGCCCCUCCUCGGGCCCAUAGUCCAUCUGCUCCAGACUACCGUCCCCUGAUCCGCCCCACUACACCGCCGCCAGCACAGACCAGCUCGCCCCCGGGGCCACCCCCCUCCCGCACCCCCCCAGGGCCCCCCUGCCCCCCUCCCUCGCGCCCCCCACCGUGCCCCAACAACAGACCAUGAAAGCGAUUUAGGGACCCCACUCCAAUAAAGCAAUAGUCCCCGCUGCCAAAGAUGCUCCCUCAACCAAAAAUAAACAUAGUAUUUAUUUGAGUUGGGGUGAAUUUAGCAGGAGAUGUAAUGGUUUGUUGCUGGACAG